UCAGAACUUCUCGGUUCCGCAAAGAAAGUCAACGUCAACUUCCAGGACACAGACGGGUUUUCUCCGCUGCAUCAUGCGGCCCUCAAUGGGAACCUGGAGCUCAUCUCUCUGCUGCUGGAGUCUCAGGCUGCUGUCGACAUCAGAGACCAGAAAGGUAUGCGGCCUCUGCAUUACGCAGCCUGGCAGGGGAAGGCGGAGCCCAUGAAGAUGCUGCUGAAAUCUGGUUCGUCCGUCAACGGCCAAUCAGAUGAAGGACAGAUCCCUCUGCACCUGUCAGCGCAGCACGGCCACUACGACGUGUCUGAGAUGCUGCUGCAGCACCAGUCCAACCCGUGCAUCGUGGACAACGCAGGGAAAACCCCUCUGGACCUGGCCUGCGAGUUCGGCCGAGUCGGGGUGGUCCAGUUGUUGCUCUCCAGUAACAUGUGUGCUGCUUUGCUGGAGCCUAAAAAAGGAGACACCACCGACCCCAACGGGACGUCUCCUCUCCACCUGGCCGCCAAGAACGGACACAUAGACAUUAUCAGACUGCUGAUCCAGGCAGGUAUCGACAUCAACCGACAGACCAAAGCCGGCACCGCUCUGCAUGAAGCUGCUCUCUGCGGCAAGACGGACGCCGUGAGACUCCUGCUGGACAGCGGCAUCAACGCCGCAGUGAGGAACACGUACAGCCAGACGGCGCUGGACAUCGUUUACCAGUUCAGUGCCACGCAAGCCAGCAGAGAGAUCAAGCAGCUGCUGAGAGAUGCGUCAGCGGCUCUUCAAGUUCGAGCUCUGAAAGAUUACUGCAACAACUACGACCUGACCAGCCUGAACAUCAAAGCAGGAGACGUUAUUACGGUUCUGGAGCAGCACCCCGAUGGACGCUGGAAAGGCUGCAUCCAUGAUAACAGGACAGGAAAUGAUCGGGUGGGCUACUUCCCCUCCACCAUGGUGGAGGUCAUCAGCAAACGCACAGGUGUAGCCAGCACAGUCAUUUGCACUCAACAGUUUCAAAAGAUACCGCUGGUUCCCCCGGCGACGGUUGCCCCGGCGACCAGCGCGGUAGUCAACGGCAACGACACCACGUUCCAUCAGAUCCAUAUCCUGCCUCCGCCCCCCCCACCGCCGCCGCCGCCACAUUCCCAUCAGCCACUGCUUCCACUUUUCACUUCCUUUGGCUAUAGCAGGUCGCCCGUGACAAGCCCACAGGGAGACACACCCACUUUCCCAGGUUGUCGCGGUUCAGAGGCAAGUCCUCACAGCUCCCCCACGCCGUCCGGCGGGCCCCACGGAGGCUCCAGUGAAGAUGUCUGGGUGCUGCGCAAGCCAGUGGCAGGUGGCGACCGCAGCAGUGUGGGCAGCUCUGGCAGUGUCACGAGCGUGAGGUCAUCAGGCAGCGGUCAGAGCGCCGGCAGCACGUCACACAACCUCCACCCACAGGCUGAAGGGGUUAAGCUUCUCGCCACCGUCUUGUCCCAGUCGGCCAAAGCUAAGGAGCAUCUCCUGGAUCAGUCCAAGUCCGUGGACCAACCUGCAGGUUCCGCCAGCUCCUCUCGGACAUCGAGCCAAUCGGGGUGUCCGCUCCACGAGGCGCCGCCUUACGACGCCACGGCCACCAGGAAGGGGGAGGGGCCAGUCGAGGGGAAGAGCUCAGAGGCCGUUGUCCAAUGGCUGAGCGACUUUCAGCUGCAGGUCUACGCUCCGAACUUCGUGGGCGCUGGGUAUGACUUGCCCACCAUUAGCCGAAUGACCCCAGAGGAUCUGACUGCGAUUGGAAUCACCAAACCAGGUCACAGGAAGAAAAUGACCUCAGAGAUAAACAAGCUGAGCGUCACCGAGUGGCUUCCUGAUCAGAAACCUGCCAAUCUAGGAGAGUGGCUGUCUGCCAUUGGUCUGAACCAGUACCACCAGGUGUUAGUGCAGAACGGCUACGAGAACAUCGACUUCAUCACCGACAUCACUUGGGAGGACCUGCAGGAAAUAGGCGUCACCAAACUGGGUCACCAGAAGAAGCUGAUGCUGGCGGUGAAGCGACUGGCGGAGAUGCAGCGCGGAUCAGAAGGCCGGGGCUCCCUCCGAAAGAAGCCCCCACCAAUCACACAGCAGCAGGAAGUCAUGUCCAUCGACAGCCCGCCUCCAGAGGAGCUCAUGUCUCCAAAGAUGAGCACCUUCCAGGACAGCGAGUUGAGCAGCGAGCUGCAGAGUGCGAUGACGCAGCCAGGUCAGGAGGUCAAAGCUCAACGGACACGCAGCGUCAGUAAGGACCAUGAUGAGGUGACGGCAGGAGGUGGGGGAGGAGGUACUGGCCCGCCUAAGAAGGAGGCACGGACUAUGAGGCAGCAGAGUAGCCAGGGAAGCACCUCCUCCCACAGGGGCAGCGUCUCCUCUCAAGGCAAACACCGUCACUCCCACUCCCAGCCGGCCCCUCCCUACACGCCGCCUCACACGCCUACCAAGUCUAGAACCUCAUCGUCCUCCUCCACGUCCUCCGUCCAGAGCACAGCUUCCUCGCAGUCCAAAACCAAACCUCAGUACAUCCAUGGAGAGAGACCUCAUUCGCCACGCUCUCACCCCCCUCAAUCUCCAACCCACCGCGGCGCUCCAGGUCCUCCGCCUCAGCAGCAGCAUCCUGGAGUCCAGCCACCGCACCAGGCACAACCUCAACCUCAACCUCAGCCUCACCCGCAGAUGCAGGGGAUGGAGGUCAGGGAGAACCAACAACCACAGGUCCCUCUCCUCUGCCUCCCACCUGAGGCGGAGCUGGCUGAGGGAGAAGGAGCAGAACCCUCGGAGCUCCAGAAGAAACGUGCUCACAGUCUCAACCGAUACGCCGUGUCAGACGGCGAGUGUGACGACCGGGCGGCACGAGGAGGAGGCGAAGGAGAAGCAGAGGUGAUUGUAAGUCAGAGCUCAAAGGUCAUCCGAGCGGAAGGAGUUAAAUAUGCCACGGUGACCCCCCGCGUCAGUCGCAGCCACUCCGCCCGCAACCAGGACAAGAACGGCAACCGCAACCACUCGCAGACCUUGGCUCUACGUCAGAAGAAGAAAGGCCCGCCCCCGCCCCCCCCCAAACGCUCCAGCUCAGCCAUCUCCAGCUCCAACUCCAACCUGUCAGACGCCAACGCACAGCCGGCCACACUCACCACGACAGGGGGGAUGCUGGACGUGCCUUACCUCCAACAGCGGCGAGCCAGCGACCUCGGGGUGUCAGUGGACGCCGGCGUUGUGGAGACCAACAGCAUGGGCAGCGUGAGGAGCAUCGCGGCCAUGUUGGAAAUGUCUUCUAUAGGGGGAGGAGCCAAAGGCAUGGCGAUACAGAAGAAUUUCCUGCAGGUGGGAAAGACCUCACGUGAGACCAUCGGUCUGGACGGUGAAGUGGUGAAUCGACGGCGAACCAUCAGUGGCCCCGUCACCGAGCUGGUGGCGGCUGCCAGGCGCCACCAGCCGACUCCCUCCGCUCUGCCGUGUCCCGCCGUACAACCGGAACCUGAAACCACCGCUCCCACUGUAAACUCGUCCUCACCACACCCCCCGUCCUCCCCCCAUCCGAGCUCUGGAGGCAGCGGCAGCUCGACAGAGAAUCUGCCAUUUGCAGAGGAAGGAGGUCUCACCAUCCGCCGCCAGGGACGAGGAGAAGGAGAAGGACAGUGUGUAUUUUGUGUUUGUCUGCAGGGCGACGGCGAGGGAGGUCCCCAGGGAGACGGUGGCCACGCCCAGGAGGAGGUCGCCGGCGUUGAGGCCACGGCGACUUUCAAGCGCCGGCCGCGCGGCUCCAAGCCCCCCCACCCCAACGGCUCCGACUUCACCCUCCAGGAGUCGUCCACCGUCAAGCGGAGACCGAAGAGCCGCGACAAGGAGCCCGAGGGCUACGCAGAGCUGGCUGCCGCUAACGGGGAGCCGGUGGAAGCUGGGUCGCCCAACACCUCGCAGCCGGUACCUUACCAGAACGGCACUGCCACCAUGAGACGCCGCCCGGUUCCCGGGGGCCAGGAGGCUGGAGUGACGGAGCAACCCCAACCCCAUCCUCAACCUCAACCCACUCCUCGCAGGGACAGUGUGGACCAAGCAGCUCCAUUGGUCAAUGAAGUCGUUCUUCAGAGAAAACCGAAGCCGCCGGUUUCCCCCAAGCCUGUAGUGGGUCAGAUGAAGAGAGGACCACAGACCCCCCCACAGCCUGCCAACAAGAGGGUCCCGCUGCCGGGCCCUGGCACACCUGGAAGCCCAGUGGAAGGAAAGAAGAUUCCUCCGCCGGUCUCGCCGAAACCAGUGCCCCCGCCCACGGCGCCCAAACCGUCCAAGCUCAUCCACUCCAUGACCAGCCCCCCCUCCCCGACCCCAAACCCAGCCCCAUUCAAGCAGCACUCUGUGGUGACCCGGCAGACCAGCUCGCCCCCGUCCUUCCUCCCCUCCAACACCCCCAGCCCCCCGAACGCCAAACCGACGAGCCCGCUAUGCCAGAGCCCCCACACGCCGCAGACCCCCACCACGCCACUGACCCCCCUCACGCCCCAGACUCCGGCUACUCCCAGCCCCACCCCGCCGCCCGUCAAGCCCCCUCGCUCCUCCAUCGGGGGGGUGUCUGUGGACAGUGGGAUGGUCGGCGGUGGGGUGACGGUGCCGGCGGCUGCCACAUCACCAGACUUCUGUGUGGACUCUCUGGUGCAUCAGAAGCUGGAGGAGACCAGUGCGUCGCUGGCCGCGGCUCUGCGGGUGGUGGAGGAUAAGAUACUGCGGCAAGAAGACUCUGUGGCUGAGCAGAAGACCACAGUCAGUAUCCUGGACGACAUCGGCAGCAUGUUCGAUGACCUGGCCGACCAGCUGGACGCCAUGUUGGAAUGACAACAGCCACCGGUCAGCAUGUCUCCACCGCAGCGCUGCAGCACCGAAAAGCCUCUCUCUCUCUUUCUCUCUCUCUCUUUCUCUCUCCUUCUGUUCAUCCACUCUCCCCUGCAGUCGUCCGUCCCUCGCUGCUCUGGAACAACCUCGUUCCUCUUCCUCUUCCUCUCGUCUCGGUGCAACCGGCCUGGACGUGACGUGGCAGUGAGCGAGGGCGUGCAAGAAAAAUGGAUGGAUAGAGAAAGAGAGAGAGAGAGAGAGACAUUUAAAGAGAGCAGAUUAAAAAAAGGACCAAAAAACGACUUAUGGCGGAGAGGAAAUAAAAAAAAAAUGGAGAGACAAAGAAGAAGAAAAUGGCGGAGACUGCGUUGAUGAACUCCUCCGCGUGGACUCGAACAAACAAACUAAACUAAUAGUGAUUGAAAAACCAACUGUGUAAUGAGUCAUAGUGUGGUAUGUGUACAUUCUAAGCAUGGAGAGUUUAUAUCUACUGAAAAGUCCUGCAUUAGCACAUUAAUAUAUAAUAUACCGAUAUAUAUGAAUCUCUAGCUCUUUGAUUUGAUGUCUUGGUUCUGUGUGAAAUGGUGACCUCUGGUGUUGUGACGAUGUAAAUGAAUUGGUGGAUUUUUUUUUUAUCUGUGACCAAAACGAGACUAUUCAGCUCCUAAAGUGUGUGUGUGUGUGUGUGUGUGUGUGUUUGUGUGAGUGUGUGCGCACGUGUGCAUGCGUGUGUGUGUGUGAUGGGGAUUGUUUAAAAGGUGUUGAGUUUGUGGGUCGUCAGAAUUUCAUGAUUUCAGAAUCCAGUUUCCUGUCCUGGCUGCGUCCAUCCUCAUCGUCACCUUCAACACACUCACUCACACACAGAAGAAGCACAAUGACCCAUGCAGCCAGCUCGCACACACACAGACACACACACAGACACACACAGGAGCCUGCACAAUAUAAACUCUAACGAGAGACGAGAGGAAACAGCAGGAUGUCCUGGAAAUCAGAUGUUACGUGUUGUAGAUAAAUCGCUGGAAAUGGUUUCAGGAUGCAGUUGAAAGAGUUUUUAGUAAAACGAGGCUGAGUCUCGGGGUCAAAGGUCAGAUCAGGCUCGGUCGGUCCGAACUCCCCCCCGCACAAAACAAACACAAGCACCAGAGGCCGAGACGAGGCCGACGAGCCCAGACUCACUGGAAAAAAACAACACAACAAGGGCAAAGCAACAAACUUCAGGUUCCCACAUCCCAGAUUCACAUUAUUUUUCUAAAAGUCUUAUCAUUCCAGAAUUAGUGAUUCUAAUAAUGUGAGUUAAAAAUUCAAAUGAUUUCCAAAUAUUCUUUAAGCAGGGAUGCACUGAGACAAUUCAAUGUGUCUUUAAAAAAAUAUGUCGAUAGCAGUUUGUGUCUUUUCACAAAAUAUUAAAUUAUCAUGUUAAGAAUUAGAAUUAAAGGAUCGUAACCCUCGUUAGAAUCCGUCAGAUUCUUCAGGCUUCAUAGAAAAGUAACAUCUGGAAAUGUACGUGAUACUUUCAGAUGAUAUUUUAUUAGAGGAAGCAUAAACAAAAAAAUACCGGCCCCAGAACAGAACCUUGUGGAACUCCAUGACUAACUUUUGCGUGAUUAAACAGAAGCAAAAAUACUGAAUUUUCCACUGAUGCUAUCCCAGGAUGUAAUCCGUCCUCGAACCAGCUGUUAACAUCUGUAUCAGUGUUAACAUCUGUAUCAGCCUCACAUCAGUGCAUCUCUUCUUUUCAGACUCUGCAUCAAAUCAUAACUUUCACAGAAACAAGAGUUCGACUCCUGAUUUCAUUUCAUUUCUCCAGGAGGUAAAAGAAAGAAAAAAAUACACACUGGCCGAAACCCUUCCUGACACAUCAGCUGAUACACCCCCCCUCCCUCUCCUCCCACUCUCUCUCCACCGCCCACCCCCUGCU